AUGAUGAACAUCAAAUCAAGCACAUGGACCUGUUCUGGUUAUUAUCUUAGCCAUGAUCCCAGUGUUGCGAAAUGUCCAGCAUGCAACACACCACAAUCAUCAAUUCAAUCGGCACCAGCUGCUCCAUCUGCUGCUUCAGCUGCUGCUGCCCCCAGUGCUAGUCCAGCUUCUGCUCCAACCAUAACUGCCAGUCAUGGCACAUCCUUGCUUGAUUUGCUGAACAUCAAAUCAGGCACAUGGACCUGUACUGUUUGUUAUCUUAGCCAUGAUCCCGGCGUUGCCAAAUGUCCAGCAUGCAACACACCACAAUCAUCAACUCAAUCGGCACCAGCUGCUGCUGCUCCCAGGUCUACUCCAGCUUCUGCUCCAACCAUAACUGCCAGUGAUGACAGAUCCUUGCUUGAUUUGCUGAACAUCAAAUCAGGCACGUGGACCUGUUCUGGCUGUUAUCUUAGCCAUGAUCCCAGUGUCGCCAAAUGUCCAGCAUGCAACCCACCACAAUCAUCAACUCAAUCGGCACCAGCUGCUCCAUCUGCUUCUUCAGCUGCUGCUGCUCCCAGUGCUGAUCCAGUUUCUGCUCCAACCAUAACUGCCAGUGAUGGCAGAUCCUUGCGUGAAUUGAUGAACAUCAAAUCAAGCACGUGGACCUGUUCUGGUUGUUAUCUUAGCCAUGAUCCCAGCGUCGCCAAAUGUCCAGCAUGCAACACACCACAAUCAUCAACUCAAUCGGCACCAGCUGCUCUACCUGCUGCUGCUCCCAGUGCUACUCCAGCUUCUGCUCCAACCAUAACUGCCAGUGAUGGCAGAUCCUUGCUUGAUUUGCUGAACUCUGCUCCCAGUGCUACUCCAGAUUCUGCUCCAACCAUAACUGCCAGUGAUGGCAGAUCCUUGCUUGAUUUGCUGAACUGUACUGGUUGUUAUCUUAGCCAUGAUCCCAGCGUCGCCAAAUGUCCAGCAUGCAACACACCACAAUCAUCAACUCAAUCGGCACGAGCUGCUCCCAGUGCUACUCCAGCUUCUGCUCCAACCAUAACUGCCAGUGAUGGCAGAUCCUUGCUUGAUUUGCUGAACUGUACUGGUUGUUAUCUUAGCCAUGAUCCCGGCGUUGCCAAAUGUCCAGCAUGCAACACACCACAAUCAUCAACUCAAUCGGCACCAGCUGCUCCAUCUGCUUCUUCAGCUGCUGCUGCUCCCAGUGCUACUCCAGCUUCUGUUCCAACCAUAACUGCCAGUGAUGGCAGAUCCUUACGUGAUUUGCUGAACAUCAAAUCAGGCACGUGGACCUGUUCUGGCUGUUGUUUUAGCCAUGAUCCCAGCGUUGCCAAAUGUCCAGCAUGCAACACACCACAAUCAUCAACUCAAUCGGUACCAGCUGCUGCUGCUCCCAGUGCUAAUCCAAAUUCUGCUCCAACCAUAACUGCCAGUGAUGGCGGAUCCUUGCGUGAAAUGAUGAACAUCAAAUCAAGCACGUGGACCUGUUCUGGUUGUUAUCUUAGCCAUGAUCCCAGCGUCGCCAAAUAUCCAGCAUGCAACACACCACAAUCAUCAACUCAAUCGGCACCAGGUGCUCCAUCUGCUGCUUCAACUGCUGCUGCUCCCAGUGCAACUCCAGCUUCUGCUCCAACCAUAACUGCCAGUGAUGGCAGAUCCUUACGUGAUUUGCUGAACAUCAAAGCAGGCACAUGGACCUGUACUGGUUGUUAUCUUAGCCAUGAUCCUGGCGUUUACAAAUGUCCAGCAUGCAACACACCACAAUCAUCAAGUCAAUCGGCACCAGCUGCUGCUGCUCUCAGUGCUACUCCAGCUUCUGCUCCAACCAUAACUGCCAGUGAUGACAGACCCUUACGUGAUUUGCUGAACAUCAAAUCAGGCAGGGGGGCCUGUUCUGGCUGUUAUUGUAGCGAUGAUCCCAGCGUCGCCAAAUGUCCAGCAUGCAACACACCACGAUCAUCAACUCAAUCGGUACCAACUGCUCCAUCUGCUGCUUCAGCUGCUGCUGCUGCUCCCAGUGCUGAUCCAGUUUCUGCUCCAACCAUAACUGCCAGUGAUGGCAGAUCCUUGUGUGAAAUGAUGAACAUCAAAUCAAGCACGUGGACCUGCUCUGGUUGUUAUCUUAGCCAUGAUCUCAGCGUCGCCAAAUGUCCAGCAUGCAACACACCACAAUCAUCAACUCAAUCGGCACCAGCUGCUUCCAGUGCUACUCCAGCUUCUGCUCCAACCAUAAUUAAUUGCCAGUGA